CCCGUGUGUGCUCGAUUGUUUUGGUCUGCUAACAAGAUGGUCGUGAAGUGUCAACCGUAGAAAUUACCUGUUUUUUUCCUAACGAGAACACUAAUAACGUAAAUCCGAUAAGAAUGGGGUUAUCACAGAGUUCAGAAGUAUCGGAAGGAGGGACGUACGGAUAUCACGUGCACGGCGUUCAGCCCAGUUCUCCAGCAGAAAAGGCAGGACUCCAGCCUUUCUUCGACUUCAUUCUGUCUUUGGACAGCAAAAGGCUCAAUGAAGAGAACGACCUGUUGAAGGAGCUCCUGAGAGCCAACAUGGAGAAAGCGGUGAAGAUGGAGGUGUACAGCUCCAAAACCACCCGGGUGCGUGAGCUGGAGGUGGUGCCCAGUAACAUGUGGGGGGGCCAGGGUCUGCUGGGGGCCAGCGUCCGCUUCUGCAGCUACCAAGGAGCCAAUGAGAACGUGUGGCACGUGCUGGAUGUGGAGCCCAGCUCGCCUGCAGCCCUGGCAGGGCUUCAACCCCACGAUGACUACAUAGUGGGAGCAGAUCAGGUUUUGCAAGACUCGGAGGACUUCUUCUCGCUGAUCGAGGCCCACGAGGGGAAGCCCCUGAAGCUGCUGGUGUACAACACACAAACCGAGGCCUGCCGAGAGGUGGUGGUCACCCCCAACGGAGCGUGGGGGGGGGAGGGAAGUCUGGGUUGUGGCAUCGGCUACGGCUACCUUCACCGCAUCCCUGCUAGUCCCGAUGCGUCCACAGAGGAGCCCACCCCCCCCGUUCCGGAGGAGGACCCCACUCCCCCGCCGCCCACACAUGGAUACACAGAGGCACCUCUGAUGGCUCCUUCUGGCCUCAGUGAGGAACUGUCAGGCGCGGAUCCGGUCGGCCUCCAGGAGGCGCCGCUACCUCCGCCCAUUCAGAGAGUCAUGGACCCCGGUCAGCACACAUCCCGUCACCCCCCCGCCGCCCUCCGCUUUUCCGAGUCAGAUGUGGCGGCCGUGAACCCUGACCCCGCAGACCUGCUGGACAGGCUGGAUGUAUCCGUGUCCUCCAUCGACAUGACCAACACGUCCCUGGCCAUGCACGAGGAGAAGGACGUGGACGUGGACGUGUCCGGCGUGGAGGAGCUGGAGGACAGUGUUAUUCUUUCGUCGUCCACGGAGCUCCAGAGUGACCCCCCUGAGGCCGCCGCCCUGGACCUGACCGCCUCCCUGCCCUCCACCGACUCGCUGUCCGACUCCGGCCUCCCGGGGGCCGGGGCCUCCCUCCCGCUGUCCGAGGCCUCGGACCCCCAGAGCCUGCUGGGGGAGUGCAGCCCCAGCCCCCCCAUGGGCGUGCUGUCCAUCCCUGACGAGCCCUCGGCUCCGGCCGCCGACCAGACCAACGGAGCGGACUCUCCCCCCGAGGCUGUCGUGGACUCACAGGGGGGGGCCCCUGAGUCUGCAGAGCCCCUUAACGUGACCCCUCCUCCCCAGUGCGAGCACGAGCACAACGAGGAGGACCCAGAGGAGGCGCAUGAGGACUGAUCAGAUCACACGGGUAAUGAUCCUUUGCUUCUGGAACAUCUAAAGUGACAUAUACUUGAAUACUCCCAAAGAUAAACAUAUUUUACUGCUGCGGGGCAC